AAUUUGUUAUUUGAGAAAAUUAAUAAAAUAAUUGUACAGAAAAUCUUUUGUUGAAAUUGAAAUGAUUAUUAUGCAUGUGGAUGUUGAACCAGGUUUUCGCAAGGCAGACAUUAACAGUAUACCCCAGAUGCGAAGUGACACUAUAUUUGGAUUUAUAGCUAAGGUCGCAAAAACGAAAAAUAGUUCUGCAAAUACCGCUGGACAGACUCUGGACACGGAUUUGCGAGUAGAUUAUGUGCAAAUUAGGCGAGUAGCUGAAGUAACUGAAGUGCGUGCUUUGGUAUUUCCUGCGGCCGCAGUAAUCACUGCCAGCCCAGCAGAAAGUCACGUCCGCGUCUCAAUAAAAAUUGAUAUUAAAAAAGAUGAAAUAAUUGAGACGUCAUGUGAACAAUGUCAGAAUAAGGAAACAUGCGCUCAUUUAUUAGCGUUUAUUUUUUGGCUGCAUCGUAAAAGUACAGACUCUGAUACACCCGCUUUAUAUGAUUUCUGGGGUCAUGAAACUGAAUCACUGGCAGAUGAAAGCCGAAUGGAAUUCGUGCGCAUUCGCGAUUUAUUUGCCUGCGAUGAAUUACGUAUGGAAGGUGAUUUGGAAGCGACGGCUGUGACUGAAAUGGACGGUGCUGCUUUUUUAGAAGCAGUACUCGACGAAAUGGAAGGACUAGGUUUAAGAGAUUCAACCCUUUACAGCCAUAGUCGUCCGGCGCUUGAUGAAUUCGAGCCUUUAUUCAUACAUCACACUCUGUUAGACGCCUGUAAUAACGGUGUUAAGGACACUAACACAUUUGUAAUGCAUAUGGAAGAUCAAGCUAAACAGGGCUUGUUCGAUCGCGUAGCAGAAGUUUCAAAAACAAGUUAUAAAACUCCUCUAUGGCUAGAAGUGCAAUAUAUGCGUUUACGUUGUUCUCUCAUACAUCGCAUCGCAUCGCGCAAAGAGAAAGACUCACUAGAGGAUGAGCAGAUAGUGGAAGCUUUAUUCUGUAAGGGUCGUGAUUAUAAUUGCGAAGAGAAACAACAACUUAAACAACAUAAGCGGUUUAUACUUAAACAAACGGAAAAAUUGGAAAAUAAAACUUAUCACGAAUGUGGUCUAUUGUUAAAUGAAAGUUAUCCAUACAUAUGUGCCGCUCCUGACGGUAUAACAGAUGAUCAUAUUGUAGAAAUAAAAGCACCACGAACAGACCAAGAAUUUGAAAAGUAUUUGGAGGGGCGCGAGACAAUUGCACCUAAAUAUAUGGCGCAGAUACAAAUACAAAUGUACAUGGCUAAUGUCACUAAGGCUUUAUAUUGUGUCCUAAGUCCAACAUUUGAUACUAAUGGCGCAUUGCACUACGUUUGGGUACAAGCAGAUAUGGAAUUCGUGGCGAGUUUAUUGGGAGCUGCAGAGGAUUUCUGGAAGGAAGUAGCAUUUCCACGUUUAGCAAAAAUCUACUUAGCUAAUGUCUAAAAAAAAACAAACAAAACCUAAUAAGAAAUAUACACACAAGAUUAUGUUGAAAAAUACUUUAAAUAACGAUGAUAUAAAUAAUUAUGCGCGUUAUAAAUAACACUUGCAAAAGCAAAACUGAUAAGAAAGCAAUUCAUUGUUAAUUUCAUAGCAUC